AUGCCUCUGAAUUCCCGGAACCUGCACGAAUCCCUUUUGCAGCUAGUGUUGCCAGAGUACGUGAUUCACGCGAUCGCCACUCUCCUCUGUUUUCUCCGGGGAUCGGGUCCCCCUGUUAAUAAACAUCCCCAUGCUCGCAUACCACGUCAACAGAUCAUUGCAUUCGAUGAACUCAAAACUGACUACAAGAAUCCCAUUGAUCAAUGUCAGAGUCUCAACCCUCUGGUUUUGCCUGAGUAUGGGAUACACAUAUUCUUCAAUCUCCUCUUUCUUUUCUGUGGGGAGUGGAUCACACUGAUGGUAAACAUCCCCCUGAUUGCAUACAACAUCAACAGGUAUAAAAAUAGACCUGUAAUGAGUGGUCCUGGUCUGUAUGAUCCUACGAGCAUCAUGAAUGCAGAUGUACUUACGAAAUGCCAAAGAGAAGGCUGGUUCAAACUGGCCUUCUAUGUUUUCUGCUUUUUCUACUAUCUGUAUGGGUAA